CUGGGCCCCGGGCAGGCACGAGGUGCCCGAGCUCUGGAGCCCAGUGAUGCCAGAGGGGUGUCCUUCCUCCAGGCGCCGUGUCGGGAUGUGCCGGGGGGUUUGCUGGAGCUCCUCUGGGUCUGUGGCUGGGCUCGGGCUGGGGCUUAGCAGGGCCCGCAGUUGCCACUGAGGUACCUGUGGCCACUGCGCCAGCCCCCGAAAUCGCAGCUUUACCUCCUGAACCGAAGCAUGUCCUGUGGCAGCCUGUGUGUCCCCUCCUGUGGGGUGGCCACCCCGGCCCCUCUGGCUGACACGUGCAACGAGCCCUGCGUGCGGCAGUGCCCCGACUCCACGGUGGUGAUCCAGCCCCCGGCCUCAGUGGUCACCUUCCCCGGGCCCAUCCUCAGCUCCUUCCCCCAGCAGAGCGUGGUUGGCUCAGCAGGAGCCCCCGGCGUUGGAGGGGGCUACGGGGGCACUUUUGGAGGCCGUGGGGGCUACGGAGGCUAUGGGGGUUAUGGGGGUUAUGGCUAUGGGGGUUAUGGUUAUGGGGGCUAUGGGGGUUAUGGGGGUUGGGGUUAUGGAGGCCUUGGGGGCUAUGGGGGCUAUGGGGGCUGUGGCUAUGGGGGCUGGGGCCGUGGCUGGGGCCGUGGCAGCUGUGGCUCCUGCUAA